AUUUGUCAAGUGAAAUUUUUUACGUCUGAGUUGUUGUUCGAUUAGGGAAAAACUCGAAAAUUCCAUACGGAAAUGAUGAGAAUCUUAUCACAAUCAGUGCAAGAGUUGCAAUAAGUUCUUCCAGCAGCCGAAGAAACCCGAAACGUGGCUGACCGUAUGCAGUUGCCUUAAUGCGACCCAGAAUCGGAAUGAUUUCCAAGCACUACAGUUGGAUAUUUGCUAUUUUGGCGUUUUUAUUGCACAUUCUUGGCAUUGUCAAGUGUCUCGCGCUGCUCAUCGGGAUCUGCUUCUUUGUGCUGGGAGUUCUUUGUAUAAUUUAUGUCCAACACGGUGAUUUGGAUCAAUUCCUCGAGAAUUCUCACCCACAGAAUCCGUUGGAGCCGCCGCGACCGCUGGGUCUGAAUCUAGUGUGUGAACAGAAACCGAUUGUUUUGUAUUCGCCAAACAUAAAAAUCCAAACCGAGUCCCGAAAACACUUUGGUCUGGGUCACACACAACAACCGUCGCACCAACUCUCUCCGCAUCGGCAGCAGCAGCAGCAACAGUCCUUUGAGUCUCGUAAAAGAGGUUUAAUUGAUUCAGGAAUCGAGUUGCUGUUUAAGAAGCACAGCAAGAACGUUCGCGAGGGACAUCUCAAGGUCCACGAUGUCUAUUUGGAGAGCAGAGAAGCGAGUCCGGCAAGUUCCGGCGGAAAGCAUGCGAACACACCAAAGGGAGAAGAAAAGAAAUGGAAGCCGUUUGAUAACAUCAAAAUCUACUCCGAGAAGAAGAAACCGCUGACAUCUGUGGGAUAUGAUAAACAAGAUGCAGAAAACGUCAGUUUUGGGGAGGACGUUUCAAUGACUCCAUCGCCGCGCCGAUACAACCCAACUUUCUCCCACGAUGGCCACCUCCUCGACGAGCACGGCUCCCCAAAACGGAAACAAAGAGCAAUGCUAAGUGGCAACAAACCAAUCGAUCAGCGUCUUCACACCAUCAUCGACUACAUUAUCCGGGAUUUCAUUGAUUCCUGGUUCUGUUCAUUGAGUGAUAAUAAAGAGUUCAGUGAUUACCGCGUUCGGAAUUGUAUCGAGGAGUGUGUGACGAAUAUUUGCGCUCGUGCCAAAAAUGUUCAGUGGAUUCCGCUUAUGACCACGAAGCUUAUUGAAAACGUGGCGAACCACACGAGGUUCUAUAGGUUGGCGAAUCAGGCAAUUAAUUCACAAAAUGAAGAAAGAAAUGCAAAACAUCAGGAGAAGAAAUCGCCACAGCGAAAGAGCAAGAAAUCGCAGCAUAAAAGGAAUAAAAGUGACACCGAUUUGGAAUGGUAUUUCGGAUCAAGUGCUGCUCAAAAGAGUGUGGCGAAUUCAAAAUUUUAUACGGAGCCCGUCAAUGAAAAAGUUUUAACAGAUCCUGAGGCAAAUCUCAUUACUGCAUUCUUCAAUCAAUGCGACACCUACAAGAAAGAAUGUAUGGAUGACCGUGAAUUAGAAAAGCAUUUAACGAAUAUUAUGGAAACUGUUUUGUAUUUUACACUCCCUGAAGAGGAUUUUGCUUGUAUCCCUUUGCGGACUUUUCUCAGCACACUUCUAGCUAACGUUUUCCUCAAACCUAUCCUGGAUAUGCUUUCUGAUCCAGACUUUUUGAAUUUACAAGUAGCAAGACUGUUUUCAAAAGAAACACCGCCAGUAGAAUACUUCAUCAAAGCAUUACGUCAAAGUACGGACCUUUCAGAAUUACGCGCAUGCAGGCAGCUGAUUACAAAACACAUGAACCUGAAGUACAAAGACCACUCUGCUAGCGCCGAAGUGGCUAGCUUAAAAUAUACCCAGAAGUUAAUUGAUUUGCGGAUAAACUAUCUGCAAAGCAACAAAGAUAUUAGCAAUGUUGAAAUGAGCCGCUUAGGUACAAAAUUGCCGCUCUUAUCGUUAGAUGAGCUGCUCUUAAAAGAGUUGGCGCAGUAUUACUUCUUGGAUUACUUAAGUGCACUAAAUUUACAAAAAUAUGUGAUUUUUUAUGUGAAAGCGAAUGACUGGAAAAGUAUGACAAACCGACAUCUAGCGGAAGUGCAGUCGAAUAAAUAUAGAGGCUCCCGGGAGGAGCUUUAUAAAAAUUUACGGGAGAAAGCAAAUGAAAUUUUUAAAGAGUAUUUACAACGACAAAGUGAAAACUGCCUUGAUGUCGAUGGCGGUUUGAUUGAAGCGCUGUCCAUUAAAUUAAGGGAUCAUAUUUUGCCACCGGAUGGUAGCUGGUUCGACUCUAUCUCUAAAUUCGUUUACGAGAAAUUAAAGAACGAGGACAUCUUUCUGAACAAAUUUUACCAAAGCUCGGCAUAUAGAAGCCUCUUACUAGAGCUCGAAUUCGUUGGCCACGGUAGCGAGCCGGAUGUUGAUAAUCCACUGCAAAGCUACUCAGAAACAGGCAGCGAUUCGAAUUCUGGUGAUAUUAAUUUUGACGAUGACCUGAUCGGUGUUGAUAUUAUAUCCAGUAAGCCUGAAAUAAUCCUACCAAAACCAGAUCUACUUGAAAUCGCAAAUUUCAAACAUUGUCGAUCACACAGCGAUUGCACAGGGAUCGUUCCAAGUUAUUCAGAUCUUAACCUGGAAUGUGUAUGCAUCGAUACCAUUGACGGCAACAAAUUGGCCGUUGCAAAGGAACCUCAACAAGAACGUGCCAAAAGCGCUCCAACGCGACCUCGAGUACCUGAAAUUCAAAUUGACAACAAACAGAAGUUAACCGCAAAAAUCAUCAACACUGCAAUCCUUUGUGAAGGACAGUACGCAGUGUAUGCCAUUCAAGUUGUAGUUGUAGAGGAUAAUCAACAAAAAAGUUGGCAUAUUUACCGAAGAUAUUCAAAGUUUUUGGAAUUGAAGAAAAUUUUAACGAAGAAGUAUCCAGCUGUGUCGAAAAUUCCAUUUCCGGCCAAGAAAACCUUCCAUAAUACUCAAAGGGCAGUUUUGGAGCAUCGAAUGGUUCUCUUGAACGAUUUCCUUUCGAUUAUUUGUGAAUGGGCCGCCGACAAUGAUGAUAUGAUGCGAACAGUGAGGGAGUUUUUGGAACCGGACACGGAUGAUAGGAAGAUUCACGGAGGAGUUGUUAUACGGACGAUUGAGACUCUGGUAAAUCCCCUGAAAACAGGAAUGCGAACAAUAAGGAAUAUGCCAGAUACUUUAGUGGGUGGAUUCUCGAAACUACUACUCGGAAAAGGACCGCUCAAAGAACCGUCAUUUUUGGAAGUUAAUUACCUCGAGCAAUCAUCGGAAUAUCCUGCGUUGGCAGCUGCAUUGCAUUUAUUAGAUGAAGUAUUCGACUUGCAGGCUCGCUCUCAAUGGCUACGCAGAGGCUUAAUCAAUCGAGUUCUUGGUGCACCUUGGGUGAGCCAAACGGCCAACAAGAAAAUCAUUCAAGCUGCCAAAUCGCUAAUCGAGGUGGAGAAGAUAGACCAUUUAUUAGGAGCCAUACUAAACAGCCUCUGGCCGGAAGGAAAACGAAUGAAGCAAUCCACUCCGCGGGAGGAUAACACGAAAUUAAGGACACGAGUGGCAGCACGGAUGGCGCUGUUCGCGCUGCUUUCGGACGAUUUGAAGCACGUCGUCGGUUCGGAGACCACACGUGCUGGUUUGCUGAACUUCUUCACGUUAUGGCAACAGAAGAAACUGAACCUGCGUCUAGCUCUGAUUUUACUUAAUGAUAUUUUGACGACCCUGUACGGGGUUGACAGUAUGACAAAACAUGUUAAGCAAUGCUAAAUUAUGAUAUAAGCUUCAAGUGAUUUUUGUAUGUAUUCAUUGAAAAGCAUUUUAGCGUUUUUCCUCUGUUAUUUAUGCUUUAGAUAUUUUUGAAUGUAUUUAAUGUUCGAUAUAAAUAUUGUAGCUAAAUUUUUUUCGUUCACGAUACUCUACUCAUUACUCCUAUAUAAAUUAUAUUAUUAAAAUAUACAAGAGAUUAUAG